CCCAAUUAAUGGAUUCUGACAUGGAUUAUGAGAGGCCAAACGUAGAAACCAUCAAGUGCGUUGUGGUCGGGGACAACGCGGUGGGCAAAACGCGGCUCAUCUGUGCCCGUGCCUGCAACGCCACCUUGACCCAGUACCAGCUCCUCGCCACCCACGUGCCCACGGUCUGGGCCAUCGACCAGUACCGCGUUUGCCAGGAGGUGCUGGAGCGCUCCCGGGACGUGGUAGACGAUGUUAGUGUGUCCCUGCGGCUCUGGGACACCUUUGGAGACCACCACAAGGACCGGCGCUUCGCCUACGGGAGGUCGGACGUCGUGGUCUUGUGCUUCUCCAUCGCCAACCCCAACUCCCUGCACCAUGUAAAGACCAUGUGGUACCCGGAGAUCAAGCACUUCUGUCCCCGUGCCCCCGUCAUCCUGGUGGGCUGCCAGCUCGACCUGCGCUAUGCCGAUCUGGAGGCCGUGAACCGGGCCCGGCGGCCCCUCGCCAGGCCGAUCAAACCCAAUGAGAUCUUGCCCCCGGAGAAGGGGAGAGAAGUAGCCAAGGAGCUGGGGAUCCCCUACUACGAGACGAGUGUGGUGGCCCAGUUUGGCAUCAAGGAUGUCUUUGACAACGCCAUCCGUGCCGCGCUCAUCUCCCGCCGGCACCUGCAGUUCUGGAAGUCCCACCUCCGCAAUGUGCAGCGGCCCCUGCUGCAAGCCCCCUUCCUGCCCCCCAAGCCUCCUCCACCCAUCAUCAUCGUCCCAGACCCUCCUUCCAACAACGAGGAGCACCCAGCCCACCUCCUGGAGGACCCUCUGUGCGCAGACGUCAUCCUGGUGCUGCAAGAGAAGAUCAAAAUCUACGCACACAAGAUCUACCUCUCCACCUCCUCCUCCAAGUUUUACGACCUGUUCCUCAUGGACCUGAGCGAGGAGGACCAGCAGAGCGUGGCAGGGCACGGCUUCGGGACCACCGUCACCGCGGCCGCCGAGCGGAUGCUGCACCAGGAGGAGAGGCACCACGCGCGGGAUUUCCUCCUCCGAGCUGCUAGUUUUGACAUCUGCGAGAGUGCCGAGGAGGCCAGCUCUGGCCAGCGACAACCGUGCCUUAGAGCCUCCACCAGUGACGGGAUCCUGCGGGGCAACAAGUAUGAGAACGGGGAGCGAGGGCUACGCCGGGGAAGGGAUCUCUCCUCUUGGAGUCGGGCCUUCAUGAGCAUCCAGGAGGAGAUGGCGGAAGAUCCCCUGACCUAUAAGUCCAAGCUCAUGGUGGUGGUGAAGAUGGAUGCCUCCAUCCAGCCGGGUCCCUUCCGGGCCGUGCUCAAGUACCUGUACACGGGGGAGUUGGACGAGAAGGAGCGGGACCUCAUGCACAUCGCUCACAUCGCUGAGCUGCUGGAGGUCUUCGACCUCCGCAUGAUGGUGGCCAACAUCCUCAACAACGAGGCGUUCAUGAACCAGGAGAUCACCAAAGCCUUCCAUGUGCGGAGGACCAACCGGGUGAAGGAAUGCCUGGCCAAGGGGACUUUCUCUGGUACGCCGCAGCUUCACGGCCCCGUGCCCUGCAGCAGGAAGGGGGCUGUUCCCCAUGGAGAUGGCCCGUUUGAUGGCGGUGCUGCCUCCUGGGACCUCACCCCAGAGGCCUCAGAGCUCCCGGCCACAUCCGUUAGUGGGAUUUUUACAGCUUCNCCCGACCUCGACGACAUGAAGCUCAUCAUCCUGGCCAACCGCCUCUGCCUGCCGCACCUCGUGGCCCUCACCGAGCAGUACACGGUCACGGGGCUGAUGGAGGCGGCGCAGAUGAUGGUGGACAUCGAUGGGGACGUGCUGGUGUUCCUGGAGCUGGCUCAGUUCCACUGCGCCUACCAGCUUGCUGACUGGUGCCUCCACCACAUCUGCACCAACUACAACAACGUGUGCCGCAAGUUCCCCCGGGACAUGAAGGCCAUGUCGGGAGAGAACCAGGAGUACUUCGAGAAGCACCGCUGGCCGCCCGUCUGGUACCUGAAGGAGGAGGACCACUACCAGCGGGCGCGCAAGGAGCGCGAGAAGGAAGACUACCUCCACCUCAAGCGGCAGCCCAAGCGGCGCUGGCUCUUCUGGAACGCCUCCUCCUCCUCGUCCUCAUCCUCCCGGGAUGGCAUGGCCGUGGGCGGCUCUGCGCCGAGCCAGGCCCGGCGGGACGCAGCCGCCCUCAUGUCUCUUGGCUUGGGCUGGUCAAGCACCAAGGCAGGAG